AGAGAUUGCACUAUUAAAGGAAACAUUUAGUUUGGAGCAGAAGCUUCUCCCCCACCCCCCAAAAAAGCGUUGUUUACACCCCUGGUGUGGGUGGGGACUGAGGGGUCUCAGAGCUGGGACUGAGAUUGAAGGACGUUAGCAGAGCUGUGGGGGAUGGGUAGCUCAGGACUGAAUUGCUCUAGAAAUAGGGGCUGCCUGUGGUGUGGAAGAGCUCUGCUCAUUUCUCCCCAUUUUCUCCAUUCAAUCCUAGGUGGCUGUAGGACAGGAAUGAGUAAGAAAUCCUAUAUAGCCACAGAUUUCUGGCAGGUUUCAGGUGCAUUGGGAGAGCUAUUUGGAGAAGCAUGAACAUCAUCUACCCUCACUUGUUGCUUUAGCCCCUAGGAGAGGCUCACCCACAAGAGAUUUUGGUUUCUGCAGCUCAGAAGCGCAGGAUCUCAAGGCAUCCCCACAUCUCGUUGUGUAUGCACCUGCCUGGCGUUCUUCAUGCCCAUCUGAAUGCAACAGGUUCCCACCAGUAAGAAAUGAAAAUAAACUGGUAGUUGCCAGCAGUGCUGAAAACAUGAUGAUUAAAGAAAACACUAUAGACAGAGGCACUCUUGGUCUCAUGGUGAGAGGGCUCUUUUAAUACAAAUCUGCAUGAUUGUGUCCAACCAGGGGAGGCAACUUCUACUGAGAUGUAUUUGCUGCUUUUUAGAGUCCACUACUCCCUGCACCCCAAUCCAAUCUUGUAUAUGGGAAAUAUGGGAAACCAGCAAGCGAUGGCUUUGUUUUCAGUGCCUGCUUGUAUUAAAGAAGCAAAGGAAAGCAGAGACCCACUGCUGUCUGGAACAGCUUAAUAAAAAUCCAUAGAUUUGUUCUACGUAACUUCUCCUAUUUAUGGCAAUUCACAUUAUUGAACACUUGUAUUUCAAAGGCUAGUUAAAAUUAUAUUAAUCCUCCUGCCCAGAGGGAUCUAUGCAUUUCUGUUUUAAUCCUUGGAUCUAAAAGUGCUAUCCCCUGUUUUUGAGUUGGGGAAACUGAGGCACAAGGAACUGGAGUGAUGUGCAGCAGAGUCAAAGUUAGAACUUGGGAUAUGAUGCUCAGUUCGCUUGUGAGGAUGGGUCCUUUAAGACAAUUUAGUUGUCUCCAUAUUCUGAGGUUGUGCUGGGCCCUGUAAAUUACAGUGUCUUUGAGGCUGCUCUAUUUUAUGCUCUGCUGCCAGUGGCCCCCCCGAUGGGCCUGCACUCUGGAGCCAUUUCCACCCACCUUAAGCCUCCUUUAUGCUACCGUUAUCAGUGUGACUGAGAAUCGAGCCCACUGAAUGGCCAGGCAGGCAUCAUGCUAUCUACACACAAAUGGACAUAUGAACAAAAAGCUUGUGUCAGUUCCUGGCUCCUCUCUUGUUAAGGAUAGUCCAUCCUCAGUUCCACACAGGAAGUCUCUGUCCAGGAAUAACCAUUUCAGAUUGAUCAACGAGCCAGUAUUUACGACCAGGGAAUGCCUCACAUGUAUGUGUCAUUGCCUUCAUUUCCAUUUCCCUGAUGACUUCACUUCUAAUAAGAAUAAUUUAAAAAACAGUCCUUUGAAGAAGGCUGGGAUUUCCAAAUAGGUGUUUAGACCCCACUGAAAUUCAAUAGGAGACUGGUGCCAUGUUCCAGUAUGGCAACUCAGGCCUGGUCUACACAAAAAAAUUAGAUUGACCUAGUUACAUCGCUCAGGGCCAUGAAAAAAAUUGUGCCCAAGGUGCCAUACUUAGGUGAACCUAACCCCCAGUGUAGACAGAAUGUAGAAUUCUUCCCUUGACCUAGAUACCACCUCUAAGAAUGGUGGACUAAUCACAUUGAUGGAGAAAAAACCUGGUGCCAAUGUGGUGCUUGUAGUGUAGUCAAUAGCCUCAGAAAAUCUCCACGAAGUCCAGCUGUUUUAAGGAAGCAGGUGUUCUGGCAGCUUUAACAGUUCUAGGGAGGAGAGACUCAACAAGAACAUAAGGCAGCAAGAGGACUAAUAACGUUUAUUGUCUCUCUGACCAUAAAAUAGACACUUCCCCCGGCCUUAUCUGACAGCUCAUCUCCCUCCAGGGAUCAUUGGACAAGAAAGGAACAUUUUGUAAACAAAUGUUUUGUGGCAAAUAUCGAAUUUCACAGGUUUGGGAUUGAGAAGUUCAGCGUGAUCCCUGCUCAGUAAGAACUUGUGAAUGGUUCCCAUCUGGGAUUUGGGUGACGUCACAGGCUAGUUCUCCAGCUGGUGUUAUUUUUACACUUGUAAUCCAUAGGUGCCUGGAAUAGCAGCAUCUUCCACCUCAUGAAACCAGGGGUGGUGGUUGGUUGCUUUUUCCCCCUUCCCAGAGAGGAUUCAAGAUCUGAAAACUGUGCCACUUCAAGAAAGAAAAAUCCACUCCGCCUGCAUGCGCGGGCCACAAGGAAUAUGCUGAAACUGACCCUGGAGGAACAGAGCGCUAGGAAUGCAGCAAACUGAGGGUGAGAUGGCAGCAUGGUAAUCUUGGAGAUGGAGGCCAAGGCAUCUGAGCCAAGCGUUGGUGGAGAGGGGAGCUUCGAGGCGUGGGAUUUGGGGGUGUUUGGCCUUUCUCUUAGGCAUGCCAUUUCAAAGUUGACAGCAGUGCUGCUGUGGCUAACUGGGCUCCAUGCAAAUGGGUUUAGCGACCAAGGCAGGAGUGAUGAGUGACCGACCAGACUGAAGCCCUGUUUUGUCUCACAGGGCCAUGCAGUCGGCUUGCUCGGCAGAACUGGAUGGGGAAGUAACUUGCUGCCAGUUCCAAUCCCCCCAUCUGCUUUAGUCACUUCCACAGCACUGACAGGGAUACGUCACAAUCAGCUUCCCUUGAGCUGUUGGCUCUGCAUGGAAUUCUGCCCCCUUCCCACCCAACACUAGGAUGUAAGUUGAGGUAGGAAAGGGCCUAGUUUAAUGUAAACUUUCUUCCAGCCCUGGGGUACAUAUAUUGCAGCAGCGUUCGACCCUUUCACACGUGGCUAGAGUCUGAGUGAAAGGGGGGCUCACAGCACUUUAGACAUCACUUCUGUAGCUGGACGACUGUGUACACAUCAAGAUCUGUCUCGCUCUCUCUGCCCCCUCUGCUUUCCAGCACCUCAAGCCCCUUGCUUGCCCAGACACUCAACAGAUGGAACCCAAAGGAGAAGGAGAAAGAUUCAAGUUUAGAGGCACCUCCCACCAGCUCCUUUCUUGAACGUGUCAAGUUCAGCCGGUGUUUAUUUCCCACACGUCAAGUGUAUCAGGGCUAAUGCCCUGUGUGUGGGGACCCAGAUCUGAAGCUUCUCUUCUGAGCCUGUCAUCUGUGCAGGGAGCAGCAGGAUGAUAUUUAUAGCAGUGGAGGUGCCAGCAUCUGAUGUCUCAGCUUCUCACCUUGUCACCUAAAUACCAUUAGCAGCAGGUCACCCUCAGCUCUGCAGAGCCAGGUUGCUUUGACAAGAAGGCCGGUUCCCUUGCAGUUCAGGCUGCUGGACUCAGAUCAGAUCAGAUCCAUCUGAUCAACCAGUCCAUUGCCUUCUGGUCGACCCAAGAUUGCUCUCUCAUAUGCCCCACUCCUUUAUCUGCAGGGAAUUCUGCAGUGUCCCUGGUGGCAAAGGCUUGGGCUACACUUUGAAGUAGUGAUAACGUUGCUGUGUCAGUCAGGGUGGGAAAAAAACAUACCCAAUGUAGCUUUGCCAUCAAAGCCAUCAGUAUAGAUGCAGCCGUGUUGACAGAAGAGGCUUUCUGCUGAGAUAGCUAACGGUGUUCAGGGUGGUGGUCCCACACCAACCGAAAAACUUGUAUUGGUCUAGGUUGCGUCUACACCAGAGGGCUGUGCCAGCAUAGCUAUGCCAGUAUGGGCUCCGUAGUGUAGACGCACCUGAAGAAGAGCCAAGACACGACUGUGAGGAACACAGAGGGGAUUGACUGAUUUAUUUUCAGCUGAGGCUGCUGGACAGAGCCGACCCUGUGGUUCCCUCUGUCUCUUUAGUGUCUCUGUCUCUCUUUCACCUCCAUUUCAUCUGCCCUCCUGCUGUUUCCCUGUUUCCUUCCCUCUCACUUUCUUCAGGACAGUUAGUCACCGUGGGAAUCGCUGUUGGGUGGAAUUUGCUGAACCCUGGUAGCCAGAAUGCACCUGAGUGAAUCGGCAGUGAAAACCCUCCCACAGCCCACUGGGCCCCGCCCUGUCAAAUCCCUACAUCAGCCAGAGCUCCAGGAUCAGGCCCCUGCGUCAUCCUGUUCUGGAUCACAUCAGCUCCCACGUCUCUGCCGGGAGAGCUCCAUGCCGCCAGGCCUGCAGAGAGAGGCGCUGACACUGCCCCGUUAACACCCCUCUGCUCUUCGCACUCCCAGCUCGUCAUCUGCCUGAGCCGCCCAAGGGGGGAAGCAGGAGGAAUGGUGAAGUGAGGAAGAACAGCAGGGGCCCAUCCUGGGCCCACCACUGCCCUGGCCUCACAGAUUGCCAUCCCCGCCUUCGCAGCCUCUGUGUCCCCAGUGCAGAGAGGACAGAGGCUCCUUACUGCUCCCAGCUGGAAUUGUGCUCUGGAGCUAGCGAUCGAUCCCAGCUUCACCCUCCAUCCCCUCCUGGGGGAGGGCUGGAGAUGGAAACCUGCCCGCACUGGGUUCUGCCCAUGCAGCGACUCUCAAAUUCAGCUCAUCAUAGGAAGGCCGUCUCCAUCCACCCCGAAGCUCCUGCCCCAGGCGUCCAGGCGCCUCCCCGCCAGGGCAUGGAAGCUGUGUCCGCCCUGCAGCUCGUGAACCUGACCAGCCUCAAUCGCACCGAGCUGGUGGGGCUCCUGUCCCAGCACUCGUCCGCCAACGAGCAGCCCCUGUACAGCGAGUACAAGCCGCCCGUCCGCGACCUCAUCCCCCUGCCCAAGGCUGUGCUCUACCUCCUCAUGGCGGCCCUGGUGGUGGUGGGCGUCGCCUACGCCAUCGUGGGGCACCUCAUCAAGGACCUGGCCCAUGACCUCGUAGACUGGCUGCUGGGGCCACAGCCCGACAAGGAGAACGACUCGGACACUGCGCCCCCGCCCCCUGCAGUGUUCCACCGUGCGCAGCCCCCCAUGGCUGAGCCCCAUAGCCCCGGCGAGGUGCACAUCAUGCUGCAGGGGGGGGCCCAGCCCACAUAGGGCAGGCCCCCCCCCCCCAGCCAUGGACAGGAGGGGCUGAGCCUGCGGGUGCACCCAGAGACCAGCGAGCUGCGCCGGCCACCAGCCCAACACGCCGCGGAGCCCAGAGGCCCAGCUGGGAUGGACGGUGCCUGAGGGCAGGCAAGGACCCCCCGUGGCCAUCAGGGGGGACAGCUGUUCGCCCCCAGCCCCGUCUCCUCUGCCACUUUGGGGCCUCGCUGACGCCAACGACCCGGCUGGGGGACUGUCAGUGGCUAGUGACCCCCACCAGCGGAGCUUCCUGCUGGCCCUGCAGCUGCACCCCACAGAGGGGCCAGGACCCAGGAGGGCGGGUCUGUGCUCGGGGGGGGGGGGCGUGAGCAAGGCAAGGCCUGGCGAAGGGAAGGGCAGGUGCUGCCUAUGGGCCCCUCUGAGUGGGGGGCACAGCAGGGCCACUUCCCCCCAGCCAGAAGCCCCCCUGCACUCAGGACGGGGGGCACAUGGCUCUGGCCACAGCCCCUGCCCUGAGGCCCCUGUGGGGGAGGGGCCCCUCGGGGCUCAGGCAGCACCAGGGACGGAUCCGUUUGUCAAAUAAAACAUUGACUCUGAAAAUG